GUUAUUUAAACCACGCCCACCGGAAGUACGUAGUUUCCCCGCGAAAGCUCAUUUCUGCGGUAGUUGUGUGCACUCAGGUUGCUGGAGUCCCUAUAAGCAAUGGAGAAAAUAACUGAGAAACUGUUACUGGAGAAAGGCUCUCCAAAAACCAACAAACUGGAGCAAAUCAAGACACUGAAUCUAUCUCGGCUGGGGCUGAAAAUCCAGGACUUACCAGUCAGGCUGCUGUCUCGCCUUCAGUCCCUGGAGCGGUUGGAGCUGUCUGGGAACAGGCUGCAGGAGUUUGCCAAGAAUCUGGAGCUGCCUGCGCUUCGCUACCUGGACCUCAGUGAUAACCAGAUGGAGGAUGUUACCACUCUGGAGUCUCUAAGCAGUCUGGAGGAACUCAAGAUGGAGAACAACCUUUAUAUUACUGUGAGCGAUAAUUACAAGCUGAUGGUGUUGUUGCCUAACCUGAGGAUUUACAACGGUAAAGAUGUCAGCACUACUGCCAACCACCUGCGCUACGUGUACAGUGAGAACCUGCAGACCAGGAUCACUGCACUUUGGGAGAAGAGCUUCAGUCUCCCGGAUCCCAUCACAGCAGAGAAAAUGUCCGCCCUGGAGACAAACUUUGUCAGCACUGCCCGCCAACAGGUUAAAUAUGGACCCAAUUCAGUCAGCGACUUCACCAAAUGGAGAGUGGAAAUUAUGGCCAAGGAGUAUCUGCACUCUCUGACAGAACAAAAGGAUGAAACGGAGAGCAAGGAGUCGACUGACACUAAAGAGAACUGCGAAGUUACAACACCCGCCAAAAGGAAGCAAAUUUUAGUAAUGGACUCCGACAUAAACUUGACACCUCGCAAAAAACUGCGUGAAGAUUUCCCAGUCUCUUUAGUCGAAGACAGUCCUUGCAAAUCCAGCCUCCGCCUCAAACACCAGACAGUAACCCAGGCCGACACCAUCAGGAUGAGCCCCCGAAAGAAAGAUCAGCCUCCCACAACCCCCACCAGAGGACAGACGAGGACGGAGACACCCGGGAGAGGUUCGAAAACGCGGCAAACCAAAGAGAACGGAGCUCAGGUUAAACAGAAGGAAGCUGUCGGAGCUGCGAGGCUGCAGAGAGACGCCGACAUGUUGCACACAAUAAAGAGCAAGACAAAGCAGCUGGUGUGUCUGAAGCCAGUCCACGUCCUCCAGUGCCACAGUAAACAGGACAGCUCAGAGGACUUCUCUACCCAGCUGUGGGCCUGUGCUUUCCAGCCGCUGCCAGACAACACUGCAGGCAGUGGUGGAGGAAGCCGCUUGGUUGCGACCUGCGGUGGAGACUCUCUCUGUGUGAUUGACUGUGAAACAGGGAUGGUGAUGAAGAAGUACAAAGUUCCUGGCGAGGAGUUCUUCUCCCUCGCCUGGUCCACGGUCUUGAUGUCCAGGGGGGGCGGGGCCUCGGCUCAACACUGCAGCAUCCUGGCAGCUGCUGGGAAGAGAGGGCUGGUCAAAUUGAUCCACCCCAGAAACAAUGUGGCCUACGGGGAGUUCAGAGCCAGCCGCAAGGCGCUGUCUGUCCUCCGCUUCAACCACCACCAGGGAAACUUCCUGUACACGGGAUCCUAUGAUAACAAGAUAGUGAUGUGGGACAUCGGUGGAGUGGACAGCCAGUACAACUACAAAGUUGUUCAGCUGCUGGUGUUGGAGAUCAGCGCCACCCCUCUGCACAUCUGCCUCAUCCCCACUUCCCCCAAAACACACCUACUGACUGGCUGUGAGGACGGCCUGUACUGCUUCAACACACAACUCGGUACCAACAACACCACCAAGAGGUCUAAAGAAAUGGAGAUAACUUUCCCCAUAUAUAAGAAGGAAGACAAAGACCAUGACUACCAUACCGUCGACGGCUUGAGUUUUCUUACUGAUGACAUAGUGGCCUCUAAGAACUACAUGCAUGGGUCCAUUUACCUGUGGAGCUGGAGCAGGACGAAGGCUCAGCGGCCCGACAAGAAGAGCAGAGAAGUGUGCGCCGUGGUUCUGGCUGAGCUGCAGUGGGCCAACACUGAGAUUCCCUACCUGGCUCUGAACACCUGUCCUGGCCAAGCUUACAUAGUGUGUGGUGAUGACAAAGGCAGACUGUGGACAUACCAUGUCACUAAUCUCCAGAAAGACCGUUUCCAGACUGGGAAACCCAUCGCGCCCACUGAGGUGUUGGAGUGGCCGACCCCGGUGAAGAAGGGCCUCGGCCGGGUGGAGGGUCCCUCCAUCAACAGUGUAGCGACGGACCCUGAGCUCCGCUACCUGGUGGCCCUUAGUGACAAGAAUAUGGUGAUGGUGUGGAAGAGAGCGGAGUCGUCCUGAGCAAACGCCGGCUGUAUGACUGUAACUCCUCGGUGGAAGUCCCUACAGAUCCGUUGGAUUUUUGAUACAAAUCUUAAGUUUUUUUUGUACUGGAGAAAAACUGUUGAGUGAAACCAAAACAUUGGUAUUUGUGAGUUUUCAGGAAGUCUCCCAACAUGCCGCUGUCUCAGCGAAGACAGACGGACUGUAGCGAUCCUGAUUGUGAUCUCAUUUUCUUCACAAUUUGUGUGAAGGGAAGUGACUUUUAUGAUGAUGUGAGAUCUAUCAGAGCAAGUAACAAUGACAAUAUUCUUUAUUUUCUAUAUGAAAAUAUAUCAUGUGGAGUUUGGCAGAGAAUUUUACUUUUUUUUUUAAUGUAUUUUGAAAGAUCAUCCAAAUUCAUAAAGUCCAACCAUAAAACAUUCAUUCAUUCAGUUUCACAAAUGAGGUGAAUUAUCCAGUAUGACAUAUGACUCAAUUUACAGGAAACUGGUCAUAAAAAAAGGAUAUAAAUCUUUGAAACAAACCACCAAACUAAAUUUGAGUCAACAUAAUUACAAUAAUUCAACAUGGGCUGCAAAUGCAACUGUAAUCAGCCUCAGAUGAUUCGUUUUUGAUCUUUUUUUUUUUUUUAGUCUCUUUAAUCUGUGGUUUUGUUAGAGGCUUUUGCACAAUUUUAUUUCACAGUAAUUGGAUAAGAUUUGUGACGUGUACCUGAGUAUCAAAUUGACUUCUACUCAGCCGCAGUGAAGAGCUGCUGACCGUGUUACUAUGCUGCUACAACUCGUGUUUCCUUUCCUUCAGUAUCAGAGUGCAAAGCUACUCAACAGUAACAAACCAUUCACUCGUGUUCAAAAAACCAGAUUAGCUGGAUGGGAAAUAUUAAGAUACUUUGGCUAAACUUCAAUUUAGUCUGGAUUAGUUGUAGCUGCUCAGUGGAUCAAAUGACUAUGUGUAAUGUGAAAGGUGUCACAAGUGAAACCCACAGAGAAUUAUCACCUGACCGCUGUUCUCAUCAGUUCUACAGAGUGUUUUAUCUUCUUUCACUUCAUUGUUUUGGUUUUACAACCCACAGCUUUACUGUUUUGACUAACUGUACGCUACCUGGCAACCAGGCUCCGUUAGCAUAGUUUAGCAUUUAGCAGCUAAAGCACCAGAUAUUUCCCUCUGGAGUUAUGUGGAAACAAAAACAGCCAAAAGGAGAGAGUAUUAAAUUUAUAAACACAACUGCACAACUUGCUUGUGUUGCUUUGUAUUUACUGGAUGUGUAAACAGGCAACUGGUUAUCAGUUCAAAACAUUUUAAAGUCAGUGGCCUCAUGAAUAGAACUGAAAUGUUUUGGUGCAGUUUGCGCCUUGUAUUCUUUUUCUUUUUUUUUUUAAUGUACAUACAAUAUUUAAUGUGAAUAAUUGUAUGUGAAUGAACCUUGUCUGCUGUUUUAAAGGCCAGUCUUUGGAUCUUACUUUGUAAUGUUCUAAUAACAGUCAGGAAUGCAAACACUCCUCACAGGAUUAAAGAGGCAGAGCGGAGACGCAGCCCGGCAGCUGACUGCUGAGAGAAUCAGUGCAGUACAGCGUGUUUCUUCCUGCUGUGUAAUUAUAUUGAUCUGAACAGAAUGUACUGUAUACAUAUAUAUAUAUAUAUAUAUAUAUAUAUAUAUAUAUAUAUAUAUAUAUAUAUAUAUAUAUAUACUGUUCUACUGCACCCAUGUUUUCAGUGUGCAGCCCAUCAUGGUUCAUGUGUUGUGAAGUUGCACAAAUAUCCUCAUUUACUAUAAUAAAUGACUGUACUUUUGACUAAUUGAA